AUGGCUGAACUGAGCGAACAAGUGCAAAACUUAAGCAUCAACGACAACAACGAGAAUGGUUACGUUCCUCCUCACUUAAGAGGCAAACCAAGAGGUGCCAGAAACAACAGCAGCAACUACAACAACAGCAACGGCGGCGGCUACAACGGUGGCCGUGGUGGCAGUUUCUUCGGUGGUAACAACCGUCGUGGCGGUGGUGGCUACAGCAGCGGCGGGUUCUUCGGUGGCAACAACGGAGGCAGCGGCGGUAGCAGAGGCAACGGCCGUUCCGGUGGUAGAUGGGUCGAUGGCAAACACGUCCCAGCCGCCAGAAACGAAAGAACCGAGGCAACCUUAUUCGGUGUUCCUGAGGAUCCAAACUUCCAAUCCUCCGGUAUCAACUUCGAUAACUACGAUGAUAUUCCAGUGGACGCUUCCGGUAAGGAUGCUCCUGAACCAAUUACAGAAUUUACCUCUCCACCAUUGGACGAAUUGUUAUUGGAAAAUAUCAAGCUAGCCCGUUUCACCAAGCCAACUCCAGUGCAAAAAUACUCUGUCCCUAUCGUUGCCAACGGUAGAGAUUUGAUGGCUUGUGCGCAAACUGGUUCCGGUAAGACCGGUGGGUUUUUGUUCCCCGUCUUGUCCGAAUCUUUCAAGACCGGUCCAUCCCCUCAACCAGAAGCUCAAGGCUCCUUCUACCAAAGAAAGGCCUACCCAACCGCCGUUAUCAUGGCCCCAACCAGAGAAUUGGCUACACAAAUUUUCGACGAAGCCAAGAAAUUCACCUACAGAUCCUGGGUCAAGGCUUGUGUCGUGUACGGUGGUUCUCCAAUCGGUAACCAACUAAGAGAAAUCGAACGUGGUUGCGAUCUUUUGGUCGCUACCCCAGGUCGUUUGAACGAUUUGUUGGAACGUGGUAAGAUCUCUUUGGCCAACGUCAAGUACCUGGUCUUGGAUGAAGCUGAUAGAAUGUUGGAUAUGGGUUUCGAACCUCAAAUCAGACAUAUCGUCGAAGACUGUGACAUGACACCUGUUGGUGAAAGACAAACCCUUAUGUUCUCAGCCACUUUCCCAGCUGAUAUCCAACAUUUGGCCCGUGAUUUCUUAAGUGACUACAUCUUUUUAUCCGUCGGUAGAGUCGGUUCUACUUCUGAAAACAUUACCCAAAAGGUCUUGUACGUUGAAAACCAAGAUAAGAAAUCCGCCCUAUUAGAUUUAUUGUCUGCCACCACUGAUGAUGGUUUGACUUUGAUUUUCGUGGAAACAAAGAGAAUGGCCGACCAAUUGACAGAUUUCUUGAUCAUGCAAAACUUCAGAGCUACUGCCAUUCACGGUGACCGUACUCAAUCCGAAAGAGAACGUGCCUUGGCUGCUUUCAGAUCUGGUGCCGCCAGUCUAUUGGUUGCCACCGCUGUUGCUGCUAGAGGUUUAGAUAUUCCAAACGUCACCCACGUUAUCAACUACGACUUGCCAAGCGAUGUCGAUGAUUACGUCCAUAGAAUUGGUAGAACCGGUCGUGCCGGUAACACCGGUCUUGCCACCGCCUUCUUCAACAGCGAAAACGCUAACCUUGUCAAAGGUUUGCAUGAAAUUUUGACUGAAGCUAACCAAGAAGUUCCUCCAUUUUUGAAAGACGCUAUGAUGAGUGCUCCUGGUAGCAGAAGCAACAGUCGUAGAGGCGGUUUCGGUCGCAGCAGUGGUAACAGAGAUUACCGUAAGAGUGGCGGCGGCGCUAGCGCUGGUGGCUCCUGGGGAGCUCCAAAGAGUAGAGAGGGCUCCUUCAGAGGUGGCAGCGGCAGUGGCAGCGGUUGGGGUAGCGACAACAAAUCAUCUGGCUGGGGUAACAGCGGUGGUUCUUCAAACAACUCUUCUUGGUGGUGA